AUGAAAGGAGAAAACAAUGAGGAUAUCACUGAAAAUGACGCUAAGGCAGAACGUCUUAGCCGGUUUUUCGCAUCUGUUUUCACUAAAGAAACGGACUUCGACGAGGCUGGGUUGCCUGCUGGGACAACCGACGAAAUAAUAAAAAACAUCGACUUCACGGAAGAAGAUGUGAGGGAGGAACUUCUAGCGUUUUUGGAGAGUAAGUCUCCGGGUACGGACCAUAUACCGACAAAAGUUCUGAGGGAGUUGGUUUGCGAACUCGCCAGACCGAUUUUGCAUAUCUUCAGGUCUUCCAGUGACCAAGGCAGUCUCCGCUCUGAUUGGAAAGUGGCGAACAUAUAUCCCAUUCACAAGGGUGGAUCUAGAACAUGCGUAAGCAAUUAUCGGCUGGUGAGCCUAACAUGCAUUUGUUGGAAAGUCAUGGAGAGAAUGGUCAAAAAGCCAUAAUGAAUUUCUUUGGAGAAAAUAAUUUCAUUGCUAGUUCCCAACAUGGCUUUCGACGAAAUCACUGCGACCUAACUAAGAUGAUCUAUACAACGGAACAGUGGUCUCACUCGUUAGACGAAAAAACCAAGGGUCGAGAUUGUUUGCAUCGAUUUCCAGAAAGCCUUUGAUAGUGUUCCACACCACCGGUUACUUUACAACGUCCGAGAGUCAGGGAUAAGGAGAAACUUAUUAAACUCGGUAGAAAAACUUUCUGACUGGUCUAUCACAGUCUGUGUGUAUUGGCAGUGCGAAGUCAACGCCAGUGCUAGUUGUGAGUGGAGUUCCCCAGGGCUCUGUACUCGGACUAGUACUGUUUUUAAUCUAUGUCAACGACUGUAUGAAUGGACUGGACUGCAAUGGAGUCAUGUUUGCCGAUGACAUCAAUUUAUGGCGAACGAUCAGCGGUAAAAAUGAUAAACGGCCCCUGCAAGAAAGACCAAAUUGACUAUGCAAAUAUACUGACAAAUGGUUGCUGAAGUUUAACCUUGAGAAGUGCGUCGCGCUGUGGCUCGUUGUUUACGGGAAAUGCCAACGAUGCCUGGGAGCUGUUCAAGAAUGUCCUUCUGCAGCUUAUCAAUAACCACUGCCCACUGACUAGUGUAAGGCUGAAUAAACGCCCUGGGUGGCUAAAUAGGAACCUUAAGAAAGAAAUCAACAGGAAGCACAAAUUGUGGAGAAAAUACUGCGUCACUGGGCAAGUUGAGUAGUUCAACACCUACAAGACAUAGAGGAACAAACUGAGGAACCUGAUCAUGAAAACGCGACGGGAAUUCGAGAAGAACUUGCUACAAAAAGCAAAGCAGAACCCAAAAUUACUCUACAGUUACCUCCGACGAAGUACAAGUAGCAGGCAUCAAAUCCCAUUAAUAAGGACUACUGAUGGCGUUGAGAUCGCUGAUAGUAAGGAUAAAGCUGCGUAUUUUUCACGGUUUUUCCAAUCAGUCUACACAGACGAGUCAAGGUUCAUUCCUCCCUCCGCAGAAGGACUGCCGACCCCAAGAGUCAGCGAUAUACUCCUCUCAGAAGGCAUUGUCCGAAGAGAAUUGGAAGCAUUGAACAAAUCGAUGUCACCAGGACCAGACGAGAUUCCAUCCAAGCUUCUCAAGAAACUUGCCAGUGAGUUUUCUGUGCCUUUGACGAUGCUCUUUCAGACGUCAUUUGACACUGGAACACUUCCUAUCGAUUGGAAGCUGGCGCAUAUUACUCCGCUACACAAAGGAGGUAACAGGGCAGCGACGACAAAUUACAAACCCAUAAGCUUGACAUGCAUUCUCUGCAAAGUUAUGGAAAGGAUCAUAAAGAAUGAACUGAUGCAUUUCUUCGAAGUUCACGGCCUACUAUCCAACUGCCAACAUGGGUUCCGGAAGGGAAGUUCCUGCACGACAAACUUACUGCAACCUCUCCAGAGCUGGACCCAAGCUCUCGACGACAGGCACGAGGUCCACAUAGCCUUCAUCGACUUCCAGAAGGCAUUCGACACUGUGCCACACCAGAGGCUCCUACAUAAACUUUAAAAAAUAGGGAUCAGUGGCAACUUCCUGAAAUGGAUUGAAAACUUCCUUUUGGGUCGACACCAGGUAGUCUUCAUCGGUCGAUGAAAAUCAGACCCUGCCAUGGUCGAGAGUGGUGUCCCCCAGGGUACAGUACUGGGACCCAUUUUGUUCCUUAUCUACGUGGACGGUGCCGCAAGAGUUUUAGACUGCGAAGUAGCAAUGUUUGCUGGCGACAGGAAGAUAUGGAGUGUAAUUCGGGGUCUUGCCGACGAUGACAGACUGCAGAUGAAGCUGAAUCGGUUGGAAGAGUGGUCAAAUCGUUGGCUCCUGCGAUUCAACGUUCCUAAAUGUAGCAUAAUUCGCCUAGGCCACACAGCCAGAUCCGCCAGCACAAGAAACUACUUUCUGGGCGGUGCAGCCUUAAAAGAGAUCGAAGCCCAAAAGACCCUCGGUGUGCUGACGACCAGUUCCCUAAAGCCAUCCGCCCACUGUUCGAGGGGGGCAAAAACCCCAAUGUCCGUACUGUACUCCAUCAAGCGCGCGUUUAUGGACUUUGACGAGGAUGCUUUCUCAAAGACAUUCGGAACAUUCGUCCGGCCGCAUUUAGAGUACGGCAUACAAGCUUGGGGGCUGUGGGCUGUUGAGGAUCAAAACUGCCUCGAAAGGGUCCAGAGGAGAGCAACGAUGAUGGUUAGAAGUCAAAGCUCCUUUCCUAAUGCAACUCGCAUAGUAAAUCUGAACCUCUUUCCUUUGAGUUACAGGCAACUUCGCGGGGAUCUCUUGCAAGCCUUCCGCAUUGUUAAGGGGUUGGAUUGCAGUCUGGCCUUCAAGGACAUUUUGAAUUUGCUACCACGACCAACCUCCGAGGUCAGCCGUUAAAACUGCGCACUCAGCAUGCAAGGUUGGAUGUACGGAAGUUCUCCUUCUCUGUUCGAGUGGUCAAACCAAGGAAUGCCCUUCCCGCAGAUGUUUUGAUGUCACCAUCCAUGAAAAGUUUUAAAAAGAAUCAAGAUAUAUUUAUGUUCCAAAAUGACCAAGAGCGAUGAGAAGUAGAGCUCACCCCCUGUAACUCGUUCUCUUUUUUGUCCUACAAUUAUGGGCGCGUUUGACUUAUUUCAGCUCAGAACAUUUAUCUGUAAACCACACAUUUUUUUACGUUGCAAAUAGGAUACUCAAAGGCUUACGCCUAUUUCCCUGAAUAAACUGAACUGGACUGAACUGAAUGGAAGUGCCGAUGGAGAGGAUCAGCAUUAACUGUUUGGCGGAAGGUGCCUUUCAAAAGCGACCGAACGAAAAGAACUUGGGAUCAACAUUUUGUCGACUUUUAAGCCUACCACUCAAUGCGUUAAAGCGGCCAACAGGGCAAUAAGUGGCCUCUUUCCAGUUAAGCAAACUUUCAUAGAUAUAGACAAACAGUUAUUUGGAAAAGUAUACUGAGCAAAAGAAACCGAAGGCACGAUCACUGGGACAGUAGAUUUUUUUGCCGGAGCUUUCGAACUCGAACUGGAGUUCAUCAUCAGAGACUACUUGAACGCAGCAAAUUGUGAACAUUUAUAUCGCUCGUCUUUACGGGAGGGGGAGGGGUGGAGNUCCAGUCUCCCUUGUCUUUGUCGGUAAUACUAUUCUGCCUAUAUAUCAUGCGCCGCUGUGCGGCUGCUGGUUGGGCUCGAGAGAGAGUCCAUAAGGCACAACGGAACGAGUGAGUUCCGUAUGAACGAUCGGUGAGCGCCCCCUAACAUUGUAUAUUCCCGAUCGAAAACCGACAAGGCAACGGGCUCGUGGCCCGGUGAGUAGAGGCGUUGACUUCUAAACCAACAGGUCGCGAGUUCGAGGCUCGGGUGUUCCACACUUCGGGCUUGGGUAUGGCUGGCUGACGACGGCUAAUAAGCCAGAAAUGGCCAUUCCAGUCUCCCUUGUCUUUGUCGGUAAUACCAUUCUGCCUAUAUAUCAUGCGCCGCUGUGCGGCUGCUGGUUGGGCUCGAGAGAGAGUCCAUAAGGCACAACGGAACGAGUGAGUUCCGUAUGAACGAUCGGUGAGCGCCCCCUAACAUUGUAUAUUCCCGAUCGAAAACCGACAAGGCAACGGGCUCGUGGCCCGGUGAGUAGAGGCGUUGACUUCUAAACCAACAGGUCGCGAGUUCGAGGCUCGGGUGUUCCACACUUCGGGCUUGGGUAUGGCUGGCUGACGACGGCUAAUAAGCCAGAAAUGGCCAUUCCAGUCUCCCUUGUCUUUGUCGGUAAUACCAUUCUGCCUAUAUAUCAUGCGCCGCUGUGCGGCUGCUGGUUGGGCUCGAGAGAGAGUCCAUAAGGCACAACGGAACGAGUGAGUUCCGUAUGAACGAUCGGUGAGCGCCCCCUAACAUUGUAUAUUCCCGAUCGAAAACCGACAAGGCAACGGGCUCGUGGCCCGGUGAGUAGAGGCGUUGACUUCUAAACCAACAGGUCGCGAGUUCGAGGCUCGGGUGUUCCACACUUCGGGCUUGGGUAUGGCUGGCUGACGACGGCUAAUAAGCCAGAAAUGGCCAUUCCAGUCUCCCUUGUCUUUGUCGGUAAUACCAUUCUGCCUAUAUAUCAUGCGCCGCUGUGCGGCUGCUGGUUGGGCUCGAGAGAGAGUCCAUAAGGCACAACGGAACGAGUGAGUUCCGUAUGAACGAUCGGUGAGCGCCCCCCUAACAUAUAUAUAUAUAUAUAUAUAUAUAUAUAUACACAUAUAUAUAUCUGCUUGGACAAUACCGCUUGCCUGGACAGAACAGCUCUGUUGUGCCAAACCGACUCCUUGCAUACAUCUACCGCUAAUGCGGAUGAUUGUCAUUCCAUUUUAGCGUUAUCAUAUAUAACUCAGUGUUCUCAAGUUUCGGUCCCGCAUAUUCAAGGAAAAAUUGUCUGUUCUUUUGUAGAUAACUGAUAACAUUAUCGUGGCUUGUUCAUUCACAGUUAGAUAUUGCACGUGCCUUUUUCAAUAGGGUUUUCAAAGGCAUUGUCUAUUAGCCCUAAAAUAUACCGACCUAUACGGACUUAUUCCGGCGUGCUUUUAAAAAUAAUUUUUGUUCGCUGUAUUUUUUGUGCGACCCUAAAUUUAUACCGGCCGUCUUUACACAAAUCUUCUCCUUCACCCACUUUUGUUUAGUGAACGAUGUUAGUAAUCCACCUGCUGCUCUGCGACCGCGAAUGUAAUUGAGAUUUGCUUUGUUUACUGAUCCAAUAACAAUGCUUAAAUUCCAAGUUUGCAGUAUGGGUUUAAAUGCUUAGGUUGCCGAAUUUAGCAUAUGGAUAUUUGAUGAAGUGUUUCCUAUAGCCCCCAAUCCUGUGGACUCGAUCUUGGACACUCAAAUCCAGAACUCUUCACCGACGAUAUUCAUGAAGAAAGUGCGAACCCUUCAGCAUCGCCCACUUCUAUUCUUGGCAUCCUUUAGCUUUUUCGCGAACGAUGAACGAAAGAGCAAGCAAUUGGCACUCUAUCGAAUACUAUUUUCAUCUUAAUUUGAAUUAAUUCAACUAUAAUCUUUGGGUUGUAAUACCCCGGUGACGUGCCGGUUUAGUCUCGUCUGGAUUAUUUUCCUUAGAGAAUGAUUGAAUUUGAUCGUUGAUAGAGGUCAUCGUAGAAAUAUUCAUUUCGAAACUCCCUUGCAUGGGGACCUCAAACACUCAAAACAGUAUCAGAAUUGAUUCGUUAACAAUGAAACGUUUACUCAACGGUGGUCUGGGGGAGGUUUGUAUCACGGGUUGUUGACCAAAAGCUGAGGGGGCAGACAACAAGGUGGGAAACGAGAAGCUAUGUAGAAGCCUUCCUCUGAUUUAUCUUUCCUCCGGUCGGGAUGGCGGUACGCGUGCUUCUGCCGCCAGCGCGUCUGAUUCGUACCCCGUCACCGUGGCUCCAAAAGAAGCAGAAUGUCGCACAGGGGGACGUUAACAAAAAAAUUAAAACAAACCAAAUUAAUAAUGCCUGUCUUUUACAGGGUCCUUGACCUAUCCGUCAUCACCGAACCACCGUAUUUCGAGGUUAUCAUGCACUCAAUAUAAGGCGCAAUUGUUGACUGCUCGAUAAUUUCUAUGCGUCGACGCUUUGUUUCAAUCUAGCCCUCAGGGUAACUGAUUGAGCCUUGAACCGGCUAAACACCUGUUUUUCUCACUUAUUUGAAUCAGCUUUAUUAAAAUUUCUCCUAUUCUGUUGUCUAGGAGGAUUUUGUCCCUUAAUACUUAUAAUCUAAAUAGAAAGCACUUUUCCUACCGCUUAAUCACCACCAAUUAUGGUUCCUAAGAGAAGUGCCAACACAUGAAUGCACUGGUUUUAAUGCUGUACCCACCACUAUACUCGGAAAGCAUACAAUAGGACGAUAAUAUCACUUAUCGUUUAUGAUGUCUGAUGACCAUUUAAUAUCACCAGCUUGAACAUUCACCUGUGCAACUCGACAAUUCGUAAGAGCUUCCACUCCCUCAUUUUAUUUCAUCGGGUACCAAAAACGAUCAUCUGACAGUCUGUCCUAUACGUGAAGAAGGUACCUGUUUUAGUCGAAAGACAGCUGAAAAAGCGUCAAAUGCGCGUGACAUACCAACCGGCAACUACCUUACGCCUACAGCUUGUACACCCUAAGGUCAAGGUUGGCUGCCUCGAUAGAAAAGGUGUUAUCAGCAAAACCAUGUAAGCCAGUUAUGAUGGCAUCUAUUAUGGCCAAGCUGGGAAAUCUGUCUCAACUCCUACACACGGACGUUGGUCAGCAGUGAAGAGAUGAGAGCAUCUAUUGCAGGUGGCCAUGUACACACUGGACACUGGUCGCAAACUUGUGUGGAAGAACAUCUGCGCUCUUGUCGCCUGCCCAAUAAGGAAAGACCGUGAAUUCCUAGAGGCAAUGCACCUAGAUGGGGUAUUAAUCAAUCGACAUAUCAAUUUAAAUGGUACAUUAAAAUUCUUUAAAGACAAGUUCAAGCUGGUUGAUUGAUACAGUACGGUUUCGGGCUUAUUCUGCCUUCGUUCAGCCAAUCAUAACCCUGAACAGCAACUGGGACCAAAAACACAAACAUGCGCACAGAUGCACCUGGUGCAGUUGGUCCACCACUGGCGUCAACCAGAUGGGUCAUAGAAUUUGUACGACCGAAAGAACAUAUAACCAAGCACUGUUUUUGUUAAUACCUCUGCACUCAGUUGCCGAUCAGGUUGACAAAGAUAUUUCACAGCUUCUGGAACCAGUUGCCGGACUUCGCUAUAAUCUAUUCACCGCUGCCGGUUACUUGUGGUCGGACCUCACCGAGUGUCUCUUCAAACAAUCUCACAGUUGACCGGCUUGGUGUUUCGACGUGGCAUUAGCAAAAAGUUCAGAACUUCGCAAAUUGGAACUUUCUGUUUGCUCUCAACAUAUAAUUUCAGUAUGGCUGGACACCUACGCUUAUUCGGUACCCAAGCGAUGGCACUGAGUCAGCGAACUUGCUUUUAGUGUAGUCAGCCGAAGAUUGCGCACCUGGGAACACACGAAUGUGUGGUGCCUAAACUGGUAACCCUUUUAGGUUAAGCUUGCCCUCUCUCAUAUCUACCUGAAAGUUUAUUUCAAUAACAGACAAGGAGUUUAAUGCCAGGAACUAAAUUAUAAUAGGCAAACAUAUUAAAGAAUCUGCAAACAGAAGCUCAAUCUUGUUAUGCAACCAUAAUUGAAAGAAAAGAGCGCAGCUUGUUCACGUCUGGAAAAUAAACUGACCACGAGGUGGUUUGAAGGAUUAUUGGAUUCAUCCGGGACCCCAGAAUUAACUGGAUUGCCUUCUGCGCCCUUCUGUUAUCUGCUCAGACAGCUCGAGCUGCAUAUCGCUAUGGUUACUUUGUCCAUUAAUUCUUUGCUCUCGACACAUCAUCAAAUUCCACCACAAUUACCGAUAACCGGCGCGUCGCCACUGCCUGAGUUUUUGCCCAGGACAGCCCGUCAUAUUCUUACAUGCAGUCGGGCGCUCAACAAGGAUGUAUUUCGUCGGAAAUUUAUCGAUCGGUUUUUGGCAAUCCUCGAGAAAACCCGGCGCGUUUCCACGAUGCCGGACGCAGAUCAGGAAGUCAAAAGGCCGAUCAUAUUGCCACGUUAGCGUUAUCUUACGAAGGACUACAGAAUGUUGUCCCAUCUGAACGAAAUAACCAAGUCGAUAAACUUCCGCAAAAUACGCGAAAAAAUGGAGCUUGCGCUACCGGACUUCUUACCAGGAAACAAUGCCGCCUAUCCAUUUUUUGUCGAAAUCCUAGAGAAGAGGUGACAUGGCAUCCGAGUCGAUGGCACUUUUGUCAAUCUUAAAUACCUUUGAGCCUGUCUAUAUCAUGCUGAAAUGAAUACACUUCCUAUAACUCCAAGUAACUUACGCUGGGAAGAUACCACAACUUAUGUGGCCUGCCUUUACCAUCGAUUUCGUGCACCUGUAUGAAUUCAGCCAAUUCAGCAAAGUCACUUCUUGUACCCGUUUGUGUGAUGUUCCGUCUUGCCCAAACUGGGUCGUGGAAUGAGGGAUAUAUCUGGGUUUCAAACGCUUACAAUUACGAAAUAUUCAUGUGAUUAUUCCCGUAGACUACUAUCCUGCGGUUUAUUAACGCUGUCUCACAAGUGUACAUUAUGAUCCGUACUUCAAAACGUUCUAAACACUAAGGACUUGUUUUUGGGAAUUUAAAUUUUUAUGUUUAUUUUUCAUAGAAGAUAACAUUAAGCCGCUCGUAAAUCUAUAAUUCAAAAAACAAGUUUCUGUUUCAACAUACACAUAUCCUAGUAGCAGACCCACAUCGACAUAGUCAAUGUUUUACAUGCUUGUACAUGGUACAGCUGUGAUCUUGCCUGAUAUGACCGACUUCGAUGAACCCGCGGCUCCUACCUCCCCACGCGUGAUCUGCACAGCGGAUCUGGACAGCCUGACCAAUCCUCUCCUUUAUCGACAGAGGCCGGAUACUGGAGGUCGAAGAACCACGUACAUGUGCUGGCAAACUCUGUCGGGCCAUGCUUUCAGUUGACUUGUUCUAUGCCACCAGACGGGCAACGGCGCCGGGUCGGGGGCAGCAACACUGAUGUCCAUCCAGGUUAAGAUCUUUGCAACAUUGUCCGUGACCCGUUGCGACUUUAGGUAGUCUAUCUGAGCUUUCAGAGAAACCCAGCAUUGCGUCAUUUAAGUAUUGGCGGGAAAGUUGAUAUAAAAGUAGACACAUUCUCGACCAUCUACUUUGUCUUUGAUCACUGUUCCGUGAUACUAAAAUUGAAUCAAUCUCAGCACUUUGACCAUGCGGCGUGAUCAACCACCGGGAGUUCUGGUGAAUGGAGUCAAAUGCAAUGGCAUACAUCACGGAAGGCAUAACAUCAGACUACUUGUAACAAUGUCUAUAAGAGGAUCCGUCUAAGCGAACAGUUGUGUUCCGCAUAACAGCCUCAUAACCAAAAGCCACAUCAAUUCUUGUCAAAAACAUCGCGGCACUGGUCAAAGGGAUUCAUUAGUACAACAAUGAUUAAUUGCUACUACAGGAAUGUGGCAAAGACUGUUUUAUGUCAUUUUUGCCCAUCGAUCUGCCGGUUUAACGGCAUCAAUCCCAACUUCGGACGUUCUACCACUGAGCCAGGGACUCAUGUCCUAUCGAUUAUGAUCAGGAUAUUAACUAACGUAGAGUGACGCUCACUGAUCAUGUUAGGAGACGUGCAUGUCAAUGGACAGAACAAUGAGUCCGUGGUCCAGUGGUAGUGCUGGAUUUGCUAACAGUCGAUGGCCAAAGAACUCUGUUUGUAACCUCAAAUCCCGCGGACUUGGGGUUGUGCAAGGCUGGUUGACGGCAGCUAAUAGGCCAGAAAUGGCUAUACCAGUCCCCCUAGUCUCUGUCGGUACCCCCAUCUCCGAAUAGCGGUUGGUUUCGAUCCUGAUUCGAUAUACUUUGAUUAUUUUACACGUAACCUUUCAGGAUCUGAAAUGCCCCAAGAGGAGUGGCUUGAAUUGGAGAGCGACCCGGGUCUCUUCACACUGCUUUUGGAGGACUUUGGAGUAAAGGGUGUUCAAGUGGAAGAAAUCUACGACCUGUCUAAGCCAAUAGACGAUGUGGUUUAUGGGUUCAUCUUCCUCUUUCGUUGGCAACAAAACGCGGACAAAAAGGUUAGAUAG